AUGUUCGGAGGCCUAGGGCCUGGGGACUUGGGGGCCCAGGGCAUGGCGGGACCCCUGCGGGGCCGGGUGGAGGAGCUGAAGCGGCCGUGGUGGCGGGAGGCCUCACCGCUGGUGCUCCAGCACAGUGAGGCUGCCCGGCUGGCGGCCGACGCCCUCCUGGAGCGGGGCGAGGCCGCCUACCUGCGGGUCAUCUCCGAGGAGCGGGAGCUGCCCUUCCUGAGUGCUCUGGACGUGGACUACAUGACCAGCCAUGUGCAUGGGGGCCCUGAGCUCAGCGAGGCCCAGGGACUGGAGGCCUCAGGGCCUGACCACCUCAGCUUGCUCUCUGAAAUCACCUCAGGCACUUACUUCCCCAUGGCCUCUGACAUAGACCCCCCGGACCUGGACUUGGGCUGGCCUGAGGUUCCGCAGGCCACAGGCUUCAGCCCCACCCAGGCUGUGGUCCACUUCCAGCGGGACAAGGCCAAGAACAUCAAGGACCUUCUGCGUUUUCUCAUCAGCCAGGCCCGCACGGUGGUAGCUGUCGUGAUGGAUAUAUUCACGGACAUGGAGCUUCUGUGUGACCUCAUGGAGGCCUCGAGCCGGCGUGGUGUCCCUGUCUACCUGCUUUUGGCUCAGGAGCACCUAAGGCACUUCCUGGAGAUGUGCUACAAGAUGGACCUCAACGGGGGGCACCUGCUGAACAUGCGUGUGCGGAGCACAUGUGGGGACACAUACUGCAGCAAGGCCGGCCGCCGCUUCACGGGGCAGGCCCUGGAGAAGUUUGUUAUCAUCGACUGUGAGCAGGUGGUGGCAGGCAGCUACAGCUUCACCUGGCUUUGCAGCCAGGCCCACACUAGCAUGGUGCUGCAGCUGAGGGGCCGCAUCGUGGAAGACUUUGACCGGGAGUUCCGCUGUCUGUAUGCCGAGUCUCGGCCUGUGGAGGGCUUUUGCGGUGGUGAGGGUCCCGUAUCUCCCAGGGCACUGUGUCCUCCCACAGUGGCCCUGGGCUUCCGGCCCAGUGUGUUGAGCCCUGCAUCCUCCUCACCCUCCAGCACCAGCCUUAGCAGCAUCAAACGCUCACCUCUAAUGGACCACUCCUCUUACCUCAGUCCACCAGGAGGCGGUGGCUGCAGUGACAUGGGUAUGGAGUCCUCAUCCCUGGGCCCUGCCUGCCGCGGGGCCAGUGGCCAGCCCUCUCUGAAGCGCCAGCUGUCUGACCCUAACCAUGGCUCCCUGCCAGGGCCCUACAGGUCCAAUCUAGGCAAGUUGGGGGUGUCCCCAUGGUCCCAGUCCUCCCCUGCCCUCAACCACAAUGGUGCCAGCCCCUUGACCCUGGCAGUGGGGUCACCUAUGCUUGCCCGCCAACGCCCCCUCCUCCCCUUCCCCCAGGGUGUUUCAGCCCUAUCCCGGCUCCCAGAGAAUGGGCUCCUGAGAAGCCAGGAGUCUAGUCCCCAACGAAGUCGCUGGGUACCUAGCACAGCCCUGGAGACAGUGGAGGAGAAGAAGGUGUCUCUGAAUCAGAGCCAUGGCCAGUUGGAUCUCCUUGUCCCCUUCCCCAGAGCCAGAGAAGCUGGAGGCCCUGAUUCUGGGGUUGACCCCAGCUUGGGCUCCUUCUGGCCUGGAGAGCAGGCUCCAGAGGACAGGCGGUUGUCCCCAAACCAGAGAUAUAACCAGCUGGAUCUCCUGCCCCAGACCCAGGGUGCUGGGGGUACCCCUGAGUCAGGUUCCCCCAGACCUGGCAAUCAAAUUCCAGAGGACAAGAGGCUGUCCUCAAACCACAGCCACAGCCAAUUGGACCUCCUGGUACAGUACCCCAAGGCUGGGGGCUCCAGAGUGCCCCCUGAAGCCAACUCCUCAGCCAGGGCUGACAAGCAAAGUCUUGAUGAGCGACGACAGACCCUGGGCCACAGCCAGCUGGACCUCAUCACAAAGUUUGGCCCAUUCCGGGGUGAGGGGGCUGGGCCCAGUGGUCUCCCCAGACCAAGCCCUGCUCGAAAGGCUGGAGUGGGCUCUGGGGACGAGAAUAGGUUGACCCUGGGCCACAGCAAGCUGGACCUCAUUACCAAGUAUCAUCAAUUGCAGGGCACCAGGCAAGGACCUGACCCUGGCCUCCCUGGGGGCCCCACAGGUGGCCAUCACAAUGGCAGUAGCAAUGGCCUGUCAGGGGAUGAGAAGCGGCUGACCUUGGGCCACAGCAAACUGGACCUCAUCACUAAGUACAACAAGUCCAAGUUCAAACUUCUCCGAAGCCGCUUUGAGUCCUAG